AUGCGGCUGGAGGAACUCAGGAGGCUCCAGCACACCCUGGAACAGGUCAAUGAUGGCAAAGACUCGCUCCAAAGCCAUCAGCUCACCAUGGAUGAAGAAAAUAAUAUCCAGGAAUAUCCUAUCAACCUCCAGCCCCUGGAGUCCAAAGUGAAAAUCAUCCAGCGAGCAUGGCGUGAGCACCUGCAGCGCCAGGACCUGUCCCCAUCCCCGGAGCUACGGGACAAGUGCAGCCCAUCCCCAACGUCCCCAACAUCCCCAGCGUCCCCAACGUCCCCAGCGUCGUCAGCCUCGGGCAAGAUGAGCAGGUCCAUCAGCAUGAACACCUUCUCGGACAGCAGCACCCCCGGACGCUCGUGGCUGCUCCAGAACUUCUCCACACUAAUCCCGUGUGGGAAAUGA